GCGCGUCUCGUUCAUUCGCAGUCUGGGCGCGUUCGGAGCCGGACCGCGGGAGCGGAAGGCGUUCUUGGGACCCCGCGGGCGCACGGCUUCUCGCUCUUCUCCGCGUUCCUGCCGUUUGGGGGAAGGUGUAGCCGGGCAGCGGGGCGCGGGAGAACCGCCGAAGAGCCAUGGGUGCCGGGAGCUCCACGGAGCAGCGGAGCCCGGAGCAGCCGGAGGCGGAGAGCGCGACGCCGGCCGAGCCCGAGCCCAGCGGCGGCGGCCUUGCGGCGGAGGCGGCGCCCAGCGCGGCGGGAGACCCGGCCGUCGCUGCCGCCGACCCCGCCACCAAGCUCCUGCAGAAGAAUGGUCAGCUGUCUAGUGCCAACGGCUUAGCUGAGGAAGAAGAGUUCAGCCCCCAGGAGGGAGCCCUGAAUGGCCAGGAGGAAGAAGCCAUUGUCACAGAUGUUGGACAGAGAGAGUCUGAAGAUGUGAAUGAAAGAGCCUCAGAUAAGGCGAUGGCUGCUGGCUCCAUGGUCACUCAAGACCUAGCAAAGGAUGGGCAGGAGGAAAUGCCUGAAAUCAUCGACCAGAUUCCUUCUUCAGAAAGCAAUUUAGAAGAACUGAUACAACCUACUGAUGCCCAGGCUAAUGAUGUUGGAUUUAAGAAGGUGUUUAAGUUUGUUGGCUUUAAAUUCACUGUCAAAAAGGAUAAGACCGAGAAGUCCGACACUGUUCAGCUACUCACUGUCAAAAAAGAUGAAGGGGAAGGAUCAGGAGCCGCAGACGGGGCUGGUGACCACCAGGAACCCAGCCAGGAGACCGGAGAGGCAACCGCCAAAGACCGUGAACUAAAACAAUCCACGGAGAAACCCGACGAAACCCUUAAGCAUGAGCCAAGCAACACAGAGAUUUCUCUCCAGGCUGAGUCUGGUCAAGCAGCAGAGGAAGGCAGAGAGGACGGGGAAGAUAAACAAAAAGAACCCACCAAAUCUCCUGAGUCACCAGCUAGUCCGGCGGCCAGCGAAACAGCGUCACCCUUCAGAAAGUUCUUCACACAAGGCUGGGCUGGCUGGAGAAAAAAGACCAGUUUCAGGAAGCCGAAGGAGGAGGAGCUGGAAGCUUCAGAGAAGAAAAAGGACCAAGAGCCCGAAAAAGGAGACUCGCAGGAACAGGAAAAGAGAGAAGAUAACUCCGAGAAAGUGGCAGCUUCCGAGCAAGAGUGCCCCCAGGAGAUCGCCGAGAGCGUUGACGCUGCCAGACUGUCUGCGGAAUUUGAAAAAGUCGAGCUGCCCUCUGAAGAUCAAGUGCAGGGAGCGCCCGAAGAGAGACCCGCCCCUUUAGCCACAGAAGUAUUUGAUGAUAAGGUAGAGAUUGUUGCCGAAGUCCACGUUAGGAUGCCAGAGAAGAAGACAGAGGAGGAGAAGGCUGAGGGAGAAGAAGCAGUGGAGCCCCUGCCCUCUGAGAGAGGGGUAGAAUCCCAGGCUGAGCUCGAGAAAGCCGAGCCUCCUGAGGAGCCAAGGAAGAUGAAAGAAGUGUGCACCCCCGGAGGGGACCACCCCCAGCCGGCUGACCUGAGCCCCGAGGAGAAAGUGCUCUCUGCACACCCGGAGGGCGUCGUGAGUGAGGCAGACAUGCUGUCCUCCCAAGAGAGAAUGAAAGUUCAAGGAAGCCCUUUAAAGAAACUUUUUACCAGCACUGGCUUAAAAAAGCUUUCUGGAAAGAAACAGAAAGGGAAGAGAGGAGGAGGAGGGGAUGAAGAGUUGGGGGAGCACCACCAGGUCGCAGCAGAGUCUCCGGACAGUGCAGAUGAACAGAAGGGCGAGAGCUCUGCCUCGUCCCCAGAGGAACCAGAGGAGAUCGUGUGUCUAGAGAAAAGCCUCGGGGACGCACAGCAGGAGGGGGAGGCUGAGGAAGGGACUACCUCCGACGGGGAGAAGAAGAGAGAAGGUGUUACUCCCUGGGCAUCUUUCAAAAAGAUGGUGACGCCCAAGAAACGUGUCAGGAGGCUUUCUGAAAGUGACAAAGAAGAUGAGUUGGAGAAAGUCAAAAGCGCCACCUUGUCCUCCACGGAGAGCGCGGCCUCUGAGAUGCAGGAGGAAGCCAAGGGAAGUGGAGAAGAACAGAAGCCAGAAGAACCCAAGCGCAGGGUUGAUACCUCAGUAUCUUGGGAAGCUUUGAUUUGUGUGGGAUCAUCCAAGAAAAGAGCGAGAAAAGCAUCAUCUUCCGAUGAUGAAGGGGAACCGAAAACGAUGGGAGGAGACGGCCAGAAACCGGAUGAUGCAGGAAAAGACAAAGAAACUGGACCGGACGCUGCGCUUCUCGGUUCUCAGGAACAGGAUCAAGGGCCAGGCAGCCCCUCACCUGAGCAAGCGGGUAGCCCCACCGAAGGAGAGGGGGUUUCCACCUGGGAGUCCUUUAAAAGAUUAGUCACUCCAAGGAAAAAAUCGAAGUCAAAACUGGAAGAGAAAAGCGAAGAUGCUGUACCUGGGUCUGUUGUAGAACAUUCUGCGUCAGAUGCUGAACCUGGGAAAGAGGAGUCUUGGGUUUCCAUUAAGAAAUUUAUUCCCGGACGAAGGAAGAAAAGGUCAGACGGGAAAGCGGAACACGCCACUGCUGAGGAUGCGGGGCCGCCAGAGGUCAACGAAGAUGACUCUGAUGUCCCGGCCGUGGUGCCUCUGUCUGAGUAUGAUGCGGUGGAAAGGGAGAAAAUCGAAGCUCAGCAAGCCCAAAAAAGUGAGGAGAAGCCCGAGCAGCAGGUAGCUGUUGCUGUGUUGGAGGAGCUCAGUACGAAUCUGGUUCAUGGCGUGAAGGUGACUGUCCUCGACGGGGCAAGGGCUGUUAGCAGUGUCGAAGAGAGGUCGCCGUCUUGGAUAUCCACUUCGGUGACAGAACCUCUUGAAGAAACAGAAGAGGAAGCCAGACCCCUAACUGGAGAGGUACUUGAAGGAGAGAUCCUUGCAAAAGAAACCUCCGUUGUUACCAAAACUCUGCCAGAGGGCCAAGAUGCCACGGAUGACACGGUUGUGAGCGAGGCGGAAUUAACUUCGGAGGCCGUGACGGCUGCAGAAGGUGCGGAGGCAUUUUGUGCUACAGAAGCCGCAGAAGCAUCUGGGGCUGAAGAGACCGCUGACAUGGUCUCAGCUGUUUCUCAGCUCACCGACUCUCCAGAAACCACAGAGGAAGCAACACCUGUUCAGGAGGUGGAGGGCAGUGUGCCAGACCUGGAAGACCAAGAGAGGCGGACUCAAGAAGUCCUGCGGGCAGUUGCGGAGAAAGUUCAAGAAGGAUCACCGCUGCCUGAUACCAGGGGGUCAGAAGACAUGAUUCAGACAGCACGGGAUGUAGGAGCCAAAAUACUGGAGAAGCUGGAUGGAGCCGAAGAGGAUGCUCCAGGGCUAGACUUGAAGAAAGAGGCAGAUGCAGUGUUGGAAGUGAAGGCACAGGAAGCUAAAGCUGAGACUUUGACACAAGCCGAAGUAGUCAUCCAGGCCACCCCAGAAGGCUUUGAGAAAGUUCCUGUAGUCACAGACAGUGUGGACUCCAGUGAGCCUAGAACCACUUGUCAAGCUGAAACCUUGGUUGGGGUAAAAUCAGAAUUGAUUCUGGAACAGGCUGUUGCUCCUGACUCCACUGAAACCCUUACAGACAGCGAGACCAACGGAAGCACCCCAGUAGCAGAUCUCGAAGCUCUCCCUGUGACACAGCAAGAGCAGAUCCUGGAGAUGCGCGAAGAUUCCCAGGUCCCAGAAGCAGAAGCAGUUUCUGUCCCCAAACAGCUGCCUCCAACACCUGCUAGUUUUCCAUCCCAGGAAGAAAUUAAAGGACUUUCAGAAACGGAAGAGGUUCUAGAACAUAUGGACAAAGAGGUACCGGUGGAAACCGUACCCAUUCUUUCAAAGAUGGAUGUGAUUGAAGAGGAAGGUCAAUUUACCGGUGGGGAGAGCAGAGAGAAACCGCUUCUCGAAGGCCCUGUCACAGGUGCAGACCUCGAGACUACCAGGAGUCAGGAAACAAGUGAAGUUGUCUUUGAAGAUGAAGCUCCUAAAGAAUCUGAAUUUCAGAAGGAUGACGACACCGAAAUCCACAGUCCUACACCAUCUCCCACCCCAGCGGGGGGAGAGAUGGAAGUUCAAGGAGAAAGGGAGGAGACGGAAGCAGAGCCAGCUCAAGACCCCGAAGAGGAACUAGAGCAAAAACCAGCUGUGACCACAUCUGAGGAGCUUCGUAAGCACCUGGGGCAGACAGACGGCGUGGCCGGCCUCCAGGGGGAAGAGGAGGUUACCGCUUGGGAAGGUUCUCCCCGGCCAGUGCAGGAGGAAGCGGUACGCACAGAAGUUCAAGUCCAGACCCCAGAGGCGUCAUUAACUCCAGCGGCUGCAGCAGUGGAGGAGAAGGUCUUAGAAGAAACUGUCAAGAUUUUAGAAACCACGGAAACUCAGGAAUCUGCAGACGCACAGUUAGUACCAGAGGACGAAUCCUCCAAAAAAGAUGAGGACUUGACCGCCCGGCCAGAGGACAUCAAGGUGCCCACAGGGACUGAGGCUCAGCCAGACUCCACACCCGUGACCACAGCUGCUGCCCCUGAAGGAGGCAUCGGUGCUGACCUGGAAGGAGAGAAAACCCCACCCCGGAGACCGUCCCCAGAGGAAGAGGACGCGCCCACUGCUGGUCCGGAAGUCCAAGGGAGUAAAACAAGAAAGGAAGAUGGAAAGGCUGAAACCGAGAUUUCUAAACUUGAGACCGAGAGCAGUAAACUUGUACAAAAUGUAAUCCAGACCGUUGUUGAUCAGUUAGUGAGCACGGAAGAAACAGCCGCUGAUUUGCAGACACAGGCCCUGCCGAUGAUCGCCGACGCCCCGGAGGGGAGGGCGCACCCUGAGACCGAAGAAGGGGAGCCGCAGGCCACUGCACGGGAUGGAACUCGAGCUGUGGUGGCCAAAGGAGAAGCCACGCUCACCGCCGGGGAACAGACCCGUUCCGACGUGUGCGAAGCUGUGAGUGAAGCUUCUGCUGAGGUGGCAAGUGCUGAGGUAGAACCUUCCAGCAUAAAUGACCAGCAGCUCGAAGAGGCAGUUCUCCUGUCCGAGGAAAAGAAAGAAGCAACCGGGACCGAGUCUGUUGCAGAAGAUGGUGAUCGUGCCGGCUUAGAAGAAAGGCUAGAGGGGUCCUUCUCUGAACCCCAAGAAGAUGAAAAAGGUCAUGUUGUUGAGCGGGAAAACCAGCACUCAGCCCUGGAAGGUGUGGCGGCCCCAGGAGGCUUGAGCAAAGAGUCCUCAGACACAGAUGGACCAACACUGAAGGAGAAGGAAGAUGGCCAGGAAGUAGAAUUUCCAGAAGGAAAAGUGCACAGCGAGUUAGAAGAAGAGAUCAAAACCGAAAUGCAGGACGACACUCAGAAACAGGAGGGAGAACCGACAAAAUCCGAACCCACAGGAUCCUAAAACGUCAUGUCCAACCCACGUGUUUGCAAGACCUGAAUAUGAAGAUGAGCAGUAGGAGGGAGGGGAUGGAUGCUGCUGACGAGACUCGAGACCAGUGUUCCGGACUCAAAACCGAAGAACAGGUCCCUCGACUCAACUUUCUGGAGCCCCUGACAAUCCUGAGGCUGCAUCGGGAGCUAGAGCCAUCUAACACUUCCUCCUCGCAGGGCCACCCCCCUCACUUUGCCCUGAUACCCUGUUCCAGUGUUUCUGAUUGAAGGUCCUGAAUUCUUAACCUGGAAUUGGAGUUGGCCAAACCUGGUUCUGCUUCUCAAACUGGAGUAUCUUCCUUUAUGUAUUUAUAUGUAUGUUUUAAGUAACCCUCCUUCUGUAUCUAUUGUAUAUUUUUUUUUUCUUAAUGAUUAAGGAAAUGUGCAGGAUGGUACAUUUCCUUUUGUGUCGCCCAGGAUAAGGCGGGCCAUGCAGCCGCGGUCAAGCCUCGGGAAGUUGUGAGAACAGCUCCCUAGAGACAACAUUCCUGAUCAGAAGCUAUAGUUCAUACUUUAAAAUCUACUAAGGAGUAGGGUCCGUGUUUCAUACCGCUCUAAAAUGGGUCACUUUCCUCUUAGGCACAGUGUGCUAAAAAUAAAACACCUUUUUGGGGUGGGGAAGGGAAACAUACAGAAUGUUCCAUUGUUACUGUGAAAUUUCUUUCUAGCCCAGUGGGGUUUGGAAGGGAGUUUUGUGUUUUUUUUUUUUUUUUUCAGUAGCGGAUUCACUCUAAGCCUUUUCUCUGAAUUGUGGCUGUUUGGAGAGAGGAGUGUGCCGAAAUCCUGAGGCAAGGUAGCGAGAAAUGUUUUUCAUCUUAUCAAGAAAACAGUUGGCUGUUUUAAGGUUUUGAUUCUAUUCUUCUGUGCUGGACGACAUUCGCACACAGCGUGAAGGAAAGUCAGGUUCUUGAUGACUGAUAUUUUGGUAGGUCCUGGAUUGUGUCUGUGCCAUAUCUGUGCCCACUCUUUAAAGGACAAUGUCGCAUUAUGUUCAUUUGGAUAAACUGUGAUUUGACAACCGAUUUAAAUAAAAUAUUUGCUUCACUUAGAUUUGCUGGUUUUAUUAGAUACUAGGAAGCCUGGGGCAUGUUUGUUGAGAUCUAAAAGCAGCUGAGGUAGAAGUUUCCAGUGUGGUCACUACAUGGUGUCACCACUGGAUACUGCUCUGAGGUAAUGUUCAGAGGAACUCCCAGCAGAGAGGCAUUAGUGCAGGUCAACCAGGAGCUUUUGAGACGGACAGGACUGAUAGAGUGCUACCAUCUGGUGGUGCCUUCCUGAAAAAGUCCGUUUUCUUUCAUCAUUCUAGGUUUUAAUGAGAAACGUCAAGAAAGAAAUUUUUAAGAAGGCUUAAUAGUAAAAAUGCCUUGCCCAGUAGGUGAUUUGAGUAUUUUUUAAUAAUACCAAAAUGAUUCCUAAUUUAUGCCAAAAUGUCAAAUACUGUCCGACUUUGGCCACAGUUAGCUGUGUCGUGUUCCGCUUCUUCACACGUAGAAAUGGCCUCGCCACACGAGCAUCUUAAAUUGCACUCAAACUCAGAACUCUGGUUUGCAAACUGAAAUUAUGACUGCUAGUUAAUGAUUUUAUUCUAGAUGUUCUAGAAAGACAAGUUUGGCAGAAAGAACAAAGGUUGUUAAAAUUAGAAAGUAGUUGAUCUUAGAUCAACAAACCUGACGACCAAAAAAGGGGGGGGGCAUAUCAUAUCAUGAGACACCUCAUGAUAACAGUGUAUGACAUUGUAGUUGGGAAAUAUUUGAUCCUUUAAGGAGUUAUUCUCCUAUAUAAUAGUCAUCUGAACAUCGUUAUGAAACUUAAAACCCCCAAAUUAAAAAAAAAACCCUCUGAUCUAAAUAAUUUUUUUGCCA